GAUGUGGAAGUGUAAAUACGCCAUACUUGUUUAGUACUUUUAAACCGUUGAAUUUCAAAAGCGCACAUCAAAAACUAACGCCCUCAAUUGGAGUGUGUACCCUAGAAGAGUGCGCAUAAAAACAAACAAACGUGAAACGUAAAUUGUUUACAAUUACAGUUACCAACCAACAACAAAAGCAAACACACAUCACAUAACAUGUCGAAUGCGAACAGCGAGGAAGCGUUCAAUAUACGCAUUGGUUACUUGAAACCCGAAACGGUAGAGAUCGCCAAAAAUGAGCUGCGCGAGACGCCCGAAGUCAAAGAGGCCGCGAUCAAGGAGCUGCGCGAACUCCUGCAUGCUGCCACAGAUAUUAAUUACAAAGAUGACGAUGAAUUUCUAGUGAUAUUUCUACGUGCUUGCCAUUUCUAUCCACAGAGCGCGCUCGAAAAGAUGCGCACAACAGCCGCUUUCCGCAAAGAUAAUGCCGCGCUUGUCCAUGGUCUACUCAUAGAACAGCUCAAGGAUAUAUUCAUACAAUACGGUAUUGUGAAUGUUUUGAAGAAUUGCGAUCAGCAUGGACGUCGUGUAAUGAUUGUGAAUUGUGGUGAACUAUGGGAUCCCAAUUCGGUGCCGUCCGAUGAUGUUUUCCGCAUGUUGUAUAUGGUGCAUAUUGCCGCCCAACUCGAGCCGGAAACACAAGUGCGCGGUGUCGUAUGCAUAAUGGACUUUGACGGGCUGUCAAUGAAGCAGGUCAAAGCUCUGUCGCCCACUUUCUCGAAACGUCUACUCACCUUUAUACAGGAUGCUAUGCCGCUGCGUAUGAAGGAGGUGCAUUUUGUGAAACAACCUUUCAUCUUUAAAUUGGUGUGGGCGCUCUUCAAGCCAUUCGUACGCGAGAAGCUCAACAAGCGGAUGCAUUUCCACGGUAGCGAUAUGAAGUCACUGCAGAAGUUCCUCUCGCCUGAAAUCCUGCCCGAAAACUACAAAGGUACACAACCGAAAAUCGAUUACGGCGGUGCCGAUUGGUUCACGCCGCUAGAGAAACAUGCCGAUUUUGUUAGAGAAUGGUCUGAGCUGGGUCCAGCGAAGUGGUAAACCAAUGAGUAUCACAGCGUGCAAUACUUGCUACAACCAAAGGCUGUACAUUCCUUCUCUCUCUCUCUCUCUCUCUCGCUUGCUUGAAGAACAAAAACUAAACAAAUGCAAAAAUUUGUUUGUUGAGAAAAAAAAAAUACAUUAAACGCCGGCUUUUGCUAAAUAUGCGUCUUUCACAUACACAUGUAA